UGCAAAUAUUCAAAAGAACAAAUUUUAAGUACGCUCAGACAACCAUAUGACUAUGUUUUGACCUUGCGAUUACGAUUACAUCCUAAAUAUUAACCUCACUUUGCCGAUUCAUGAAUUUCAGUUCAAAAUAAAUUCCUGAUUGGUAAAGCAGAAUGUUUCAAAUGCAAUGGCUGCGGAGACUUGUCCGCAGACAUACGUAUCCAAUGACUCCAGAAUACGCCGGCGAGUGGAAGCAGAAACUCUCAUACUUAUACAUGUUUCUUGCCUGGAAUGCCUUUGGAAUUGUAGGCUACAACAUGGCCACAGGAAAAGCCAAUUGGGCCACAUUCCAUGGCCUCCCAAAAGAAGAGGGAACAGCUGCUCAACAAUGGACUAAAUCACUAGGCAUAAAGCAAGCAACAGUGUUCAAAAUUUCAGGCACACAUGUGGAGAGAUACGAAGUGAACAAUGAAUUUGAUGAUGUAAAGAAAGUAGCUAUCAAGUCUGUAAUCACAAAACCCGAAAAUACUGUCACUCAAGAACUUACAAAGUAAUUGAUGAAAAUGUUAAAUUAUUAGCUAAAUAAAUGUAGCACAGUUGUAAAAUAUACACAACAUAUUAUCAAAA